AUGCCGACCCGUUUAAUCUUCCUGACCGGAAGCCCGAUUUCGCAGAACUUGUGCUGGAAGGAGGAUGGGUUGCUCUGUGGGCCGAUUGCUCCCUUCACUUCCGAUAUAGUCGAGGAUGUUGAGGCUUGCCGGUCCGCGGAGGGUCAUACAGUGAGGUGGAGGCAACUGCGGCAAUGGAAUGCCGACGAUCUCGGGCUAGAGACGACUGUCUUCCUCGCACCGCAGCACUUUGCGGCGAGCGAUGAAGAGAGGCAGUCGGUGACGGGCACAGGAAACCUCGUUAUCUCGCAGUUCUACGACCAUUCAUUUACAGUCCACGAAACCUCGGAGAUAUCCGUCUCCCAAGAUUCAAUACAAGAGAGCGAUCUGCAGACAGAGAGCUCUGGACGCUCUCUUAUCUCUGCGUUACCACCGUCCUUGGACGCUGCAGCAUCUGUGCCGUUGCAUGGGCAGCUGAGCGAUCUAGAGGACGUCCCGAAUGCAAACUAUCUUCUCUCUAUUGCGCCGCAGACCAUGUCGGUCAAUCUUGUCGUAGGAGUCAUCACCGUACGUCCCCCACGCCGCGUGGUAACUCGGCAAUGGAAGAGGGAACUCGAGAUCGUCGAGCUGGUGGUCGCAGACGAGACGAGGACUGGGUUUGGCGUCACCGUUUGGCUGCCUGCGCUGGAAGCCAGCCACAGCUCUCACGACCACGAGCUUCGCCGCACUCUGAGUGCUCUCCGACCGCGAGACAUCGUCUUAUUGCGGACGGUCGGCCUGAGUGUCUUCCAAGACCGGGUGUAUGGUCAGAGUCUGCGGCGAGGGCUGACCAAGAUCCAUUUGCUGUACCGACGACCGGUCGACCUCACCGACGCAGGCGGUGUCUACGACCUGCAAGCGAUCAACAGCAACAACGCAACCGGUCCGAGCGACGAUCUGCUCCUGGUCAGAGUGCGCCGAGUGCGUGCAUGGAUGUUGCGUUUUGUUGACAGCGGCCCGGAUCGGGAAGGCGGUGAGGCUGGACUGCUGCCCCCGGAUACGCAGUGA